AUGGCUGAGGCAUUCGGGCUUGGUUCUGGCAGGCGGAGCGGACGGGGCUGAGAGCGGGGCCCUACGGGCGUAAGCGAGGUUACCCUACGCGAGUGGCGUAAAGCGGGUUUGUAAAUGCCCCCUGCCGGCUUGGGCCCGAACGCCUCCAGGAAGUCUCCUCUAGGCGGGGGCGGGAGGGGAAGGGCGAGGUUGGCCCCCGGUGCCCUGGGAGUGGGGAGAGGGCGGAUGUGCCUGGGGUGGGGUCCUUUGAAGGUGUGGCUUCGGACCGAGAGGUGAGGUUGGUGUUUUCCCCCUGCUUUGUAAGUAAGAGAAAGGGAGGAGGAAGGAAAGGGUGCUUGGGAGUCGGCUCUUGGGGGUGACUCGGGUUAUGCCCUUUGAGGGAAGAGGAGCACUGGAAGAAGGAAGAGACAAAUGUUGGGGUCUACGGAUUCAGUUCCAGUUUAAUGAUGUGGCCCUCUAAGGAGAUAAUUUUGCCUUAAACAGAAAGGCUUGACCCUCUUAGGUGUCAUACCUAAGAUCAGUGUGUUUUUUGUGUCCAAUUCUUUUAUCACCAAAAAAGAGACGAAAUAUUGCAGUGAAUGAAGAUUCCUCUGCAUUUUAGCACUGCUUUUUCAACUGUAGUUGGCUUUUGAAUGAGGAUGACAAUGGAAGAGAUGAAGAAUGAAGCUGAGACCACAUCCAUGGUUUCUAUGCCCCUCUAUGCAGUCAUGUAUCCUGUGUUUAAUGAGCUAGAACGAGUAAAUCUGUCUGCAGCCCAGACGCUGAGAGCCGCUUUCAUUAAGGCUGAAAAAGAAAAUCCAGGUCUCACACAAGACAUCAUUAUGAAAAUUUUAGAGAAAAAAAGCGUAGAAGUUAACUUCACGGAGUCCCUUCUUCGUAUGGCAGCUGAUGAUGUAGAAGAGUAUAUGAUUGAACGACCAGAGCCAGAGUUCCAAGACCUAAACGAAAAGGCACGAGCACUUAAACAAAUUCUCAGUAAGAUCCCAGAUGAGAUCAAUGACAGAGUGAGGUUUCUGCAGACAAUCAAGGAUAUAGCUAGUGCAAUAAAAGAACUUCUUGAUACAGUGAAUAAUGUCUUCAAGAAAUAUCAAUACCAGAACCGCAGGGCACUUGAACACCAAAAGAAAGAAUUUGUAAAAUACUCCAAAAGUUUCAGUGAUACUCUGAAAACGUAUUUUAAAGAUGGCAAGGCAAUAAAUGUGUUCAUAAGUGCCAACCGACUAAUUCAUCAAACCAACUUAAUACUUCAGACCUUCAAAACUGUGGCCUGAAAGUUGUAUAUGUUAAGAGAUGUACUUCUCAGUGGCAGUAUUGAACUGCCUUUAUCUGUAAAUUUUAAAGUUUGACUGUAUAAAUUAUCAGUCCCUCCUGAAGGGAUCUAAUCCAGGAUGUUGAAUGGGAUUAUUGCCAUCUUACACCAUAUUUUUGUAAAAUGUAGCUUAAUCAUAAUCUCACACUGAAGAUUUUGCAUCACUUUUGCUAUUAUCAUUCUUUUAAGAAUUAUAAGCCAAAAGAAUUUACGCCUUAAUGUGUCAUUAUAUAACAUUCCUUAAAAGAAUUGUAAAUAUUGGUGUUUGUUUCUGACAUUUUAACUUGAAAGCGAUAUGCUGCAAGAUAAUGUAUUUAACAAUAUUUGGUGGCAAAUAUUCAAUAAAUAGUUUACAUCUGUUAAACAUU